AUGGAAGUAAUAAGUAAAAGACGCAAAGUAAUUUCAAAUCAGCUCGCAGAGGAUCCAUUUUCUCUCUUUUCCUCCCCAGACAGAAAAACCGAGGCAGUAAGAAUCAUCUUACAAAGCUUGCGAGAAUUUGGUUUUGAGUAACUUUUACACAGUAAAUCAGCAGCACAGCUCGAAAUGGACUCCGGCAUCAAGCUCGAAAACGAGAACGUCGAAAAGUUCAAAAAAGGCAUUAUUGAAGGCCAAUGAGACCAAGUUACAUCAAUAGUCCCUGAAUUUAACAUUCAAGCCACCAAGCAGUCAAAAAUCCAUUUUUGUUUAAAAGAACAGAAAUACCUAGAACUCAUUGAGAAUGGCGAUUUUCAACGAGCCUUGGACUGUUUAAGGAAUGAAUUGACUCCAAAUCAUCAAAAUUAGAUUAAAAGUUAGAAUGGGUGUUUAGGGUUUAUUUCAGCACCGACUUCGGGCUCCUCAUCCUAGGCAUUUUUUGCACUUACGCCCUUUUUUGUCUAUGUCUCCAAAAAAUGGUGACGUCGCCAUCUCUUGGGAGACGCACCCAGAUACUUCCUAAGACAACUCCUAGUUAUCGGCAUGGUCUAUCCGUCGAUGGGAAAAAGGACACAACCCCGAAUUAUCCUUCUGAUCAUUACUCUUUGCAUCGAGAAGUGCAGAGAUGUCAUAUGGACUCUGGUUUCCUUGUCUGUGUUGGGUGAGGUUAAUUAAAGUGCAUUGUACUUUUUUAAAACCCCCUCCGAAAACCUACAAAAAUGACUGUGUACUUUACAAAUGGUCGUUUAGUGUGAAAAAAGUACAAACGGUACUUUUCGAUUUUUUAAAAACAGGGGGGGUGAAAAAAGUAAACGGUAAAAAAAAACAGCCAAAGCAGAGGAAAAGUACAUAUAAAAAUCAAUAUUUUAUCAAGACUAAGUAAAUUUAAGCAAAGAAAGGCCAAGGUUAAAUUGCAUAAUAAACAGCUUGUAUUGCAUUAUAAUAAAUAAUAAACAAUAUUGCUGGAAAGAAUGCAAGAGCUGCAUGAUAAACAAUAAAAAAUAUUUGGCUCUCAAAAUAAGAGGAAAAAAGUACGCUGCAAAAUAUAAAAUGAUUAAAGUGACGUAGAAUAAUCUAAUAUAAAAGACUAAUAAUAAACACAGGAAACUCCCUUAGAAAGUUCAACUUAAUUUGUUAAAUAAAAGACCAAAAGUUGCAAAGAAAUAUAAGAAAAGUGAUUAUGGAGAAAAUUAUUAAAAAUGGAUGAAAAAAGUACAUGUUUUUUUUCAUAUGUACAAAAAGAGAGUGAAAAAAGUACUCAUAAAAUUUUUAACGGUGCAAAUUUUGAAUGAAAAAAGUACAAAGGGAAAAAACAGAGGGAAAAAGUACAUUGACUUUUUAUAUGAAAAUACUAAUUUUUUUAAAUAUGUUUACCUUAAAAUGAGAAGAACGCAUCAAUUUAAUUUUGCUGCAUAUAUUAAUUCUCAUUCCACCCCCUUUAAAUUGAACAAAAAAUUUUGUUCCAAUUUAAAGGGGGGUUAAUUUUUUUUUUUAGAAAAAAAUAUCACUUAACUUAACUUAACUUAAACAGACGGGCUCGUGCCCCUAAUUUUAACGCAAUCAGCGAGGAUCCCUUAUGGGAUUCAUCCGCUUUGCGACAUCACUCCCAUAUAAAGCGGGAGUACUGAUGCCUCCUCCUUGUCUCUUAUGAAUGACUCCAGUGUUGAGUGGGCAGACUACGGGUUUGGAGGCUGAGCUGGCAUUCCGAAAUUCCAAAAAAUUGAAUUUCUGGUAGCCUGUCGGCAAAAGGAUAAAGACCAAAUCCUGGGACGUAACGCCCAGUUUCACGUUAGGCAGUUGCCCAAUUGGUCUAGGUAUUACCUGUAGACUCUGCUGGGCUUACCCUUUCCAAAUCUGAACCCUCCUUACCUUCGAGGUAAAAACCAGUCUCGAAAUUGGACUUGGGCUAGGUUCUGCGCUCCUGCAGAAUUAGUUGCCUAGCAUUGCUGUCCAUUUCAAGGCUAGAAAAACCUUGCCGGAUAUAAUUAAAAUAUGAGUCGGAGGCUGUAUGGCCGUGAAGCCAUACCUAGACGAAGACGCCAUAUUUUAAUUAUCUAGAAAAAAAAACCAAUAUAAAAAUUUAAAAAAAAACAAAUUUCAUCGAAUAGAUUAAUAAAUUUGUUUAAUAAAAUGCUAUUUACUCUUUAUCCUUUAAAACAAAGCAAUAUAUAACUAAAUUUACAUUAUUAGUUAAUACGCCACUAUUAAUUGGUAUCAAAAUUAUUUUCAUAAAAAUUAUUAUUUUUAUUAAUAAAAAAAAUUAAAAAACACAAAUUUUAGAAAAUUUAUCGAUCAAAAUGCUAAUUUUGUUUAAAUAAGAUGCUAUUUAUACUCUAUUCUUUUAAAAUAAAGCAAUAAUAUAGUAAAUUUUUAAAUUCUAUAAAGAAUUCCUAUUGAUUUUAUAUCAAAACUAUUUAAAUAAAAAAUAUCGUUUUUAUCAAAAAAAUCAAUUGUUUUUUUAAAAUUUAGCAAUUAAGGAUAAUAAAUUUAUUUAAAUAAGAUGCUCUUUAUGCUCUCUUCUUUAAACAAGAGCAAGAUAUUACUAAAUUUUGAAUUUUAGUUAAGAAGAAGCAUUUAACUUAUAUCAAAAAUUUUUAGAUAAAAAUUAUAUAUAAUUUUUUAUUAUAAAAUUAAAUUUUGUUUCAAUUGAAGGAGUUAAUUUACCAAAAAAAAUGAAAAUUUUACCUAUAUUUGUUCAAUUUAAAGGGGGUGGAAUGAGAAUUAAUAUAUGCAGCAAAAUUAAAUUGAUGCGUUCUUCUCAUUUUAAGGUAAACAUAUUUAAAAAAUUAGUAUUUUCAUAUAAAAAGUCAAUGUACUUUUUCCCUCUGUUUUUUCCCUUUGUACUUUUUUCAUUCAAAAUUUGCACCGUUAAAAAUUUUAUGAGUACUUUUUUCACUCUUUUUGUACAUAUGAAAAAAACAUGUACUUUUUUCAUCCAUUUUUAAUAAUUUUCUCCAUAAUCACUUUUCUUAUAUUUCUUUGCAACUUUUGGUCUUUUAUUUAACAAAAUUAAGUUGAACUUUCUAAGGGAGUUUCCUGUGUUUAUUAUUAGUCUUUUAUAUUAGAUUAUUCUACGUCACUUUAAUCAUUUUAUAUUUUGCAGCGUACUUUUUUCCUCUUAUUUUGAGAGCCAAAUAUUUUUUAUUGUUUAUCAUGCAGCUCUUGCAUUCUUUCCAGCAAUAUUGUUUAUUAUUUAUUAUAAUGCAAUACAAGCUGUUUAUUAUGCAAUUUAAACUUGGCCUUUCUUUGCUUAAAUUUACUUAGUCUUGAUAAAAUAUUGAUUUUUUAUAUGUACUUUUCCUCUGCUUUGGCUGUUUUUUUUUACCGUUUACUUUUUUCACCCCCUGUUUUUAAAAAAUCGAAAAGUACCGUUUGUACUUUUUUCACACUAAACGACCAUUUGUAAAGUACACAGUCAUUUUUGUAGGUUUUCGGAGGGGGUUUAAAAAAGUACAAUGUACUUUAAUUAACCUCACCCGUCUGUGUUAUGGUUAAAAAAAACCUGCCGUGAUGCCCUGAUCAGUGAUAAAAAACCACCUGGACAAAAGUUCCGUCGCUCUGAGACCAAAAAGGUAUAAGGAUGGGUCGGAUAACUCCCAUUUUAUUUAUAUCAAAUCUCCAAGAAGACCACGAAAAGCUUCAUAAGCUUGCUAGUCAUUUAUUAUGCCAAUCCCCCGAAGAACUGAAGAAAACAGCAGACUGAACAGGCUCCUCUUCACAAGCCAGACAGCAGCUUCUAAAAAAAGUACAAUUUUAUAUACCCCCUGACAUCAUGAUUCCGCCUGAUAGGCUUCAAUUGUUGCUGUCCCAAGCAUUGACUCACCAAAUAUCUGAAUGCAAAUAUCAUAGAGAUUUUAAAGAUACCCACAGUUUAUUGGAGGACCAUAUGUGUGAAAACCAGCUAUUUACAGCUAAAAAUAUACAGACGAUUGGAGGAGGGAAUGAAGAAGAAGUAUGAGAUGUGGUUUUUAGUAAUAAUGGAGAAGCAAUGGCCAGUAUAUGUAAAAAUACGACAAUAAGUAUAUGAAAUUUCACUGAGCAAGGCUUUACUAAGCGGUUUGACAUUUUAAAUUCCCAUAGCCAUAAUGUACUGAGCGUCUCAUGGAGCCCAAAUAAUGAUAGAAUUCUGAGUACUGGGGCUGAUGGGGUUAUAAAGCUCUGAAACGCCCAGACUGGGGAGUUUAUAAGUGAGUUUAAAGAACAUACAGAUAAAGUUACUAGCAGUGAAUGGAUAAAUGACCGAGAAUUUAUCUCAGGCGGGGUGGAUAGGAAAUUCAUGGCCUGAAAAUGUGCAGGCGAGAAGCAAAAAUUACUAGACAUCAGGGUGCGGCAGCUCCAAAAAUCCGAAAACUGCAAAAUCGUCGCAAUUUUGAACGCAGCCAUCAACGAAGUCGUCAUUUACAAUAUAGAAACCCAUGAAGAGAUCACCCGUAUAAAAGAAGAAGACAAAAUCACCUGCAUCUCUUUAUCAAGCUCUGGGAAUGAGCUUAUCACCAAUGUAAGCUUAACUGACCCUCAUUUAAACCUCUGAAACACCCAAACUGGCUGCCUCAUCCAAAUGUACAAAGGCCACUCACAAGAAAAAUACCAAUUAAAACCUUGCUUUAUUGGGCUCAAAGAAGAACUUAUCGCCUGUGGAAGCGAAGACGGCAGCAUUUUUAUAUGAAAUAAGCUCCAUGGGACUGUGCUAGUAACACUAAAAGACCAUACUGGCCCUGUUAAUUCUAUUGCAUAUUCUAGACUCAGACCUCACUGCUUGGUAUCUGCAAGUGACGAUGGGUCGUUAAAGGUCUGGUCUUUAACAGAUAAUUAA